AAUAUUAUAUUUAUUUUAUCUAUAGAUAAUAAAUUUAAAGCUAUAGAUAAUAGAUAAUAGAUUUCUUUCUUGUUGAGCAGUUGACAGUUGAGCCUUGAUCUCAUAGCUGUCUCUUUCCUCCUGGUUGUUACCGAGUUCCUUCAAUAUUAAAUUACAUACGAGUGUAUCAAGUAUGUUUCAAUAAAUAUUUCCUAAAUUCUAUUUGUUUUUUUAGUUAGUAAACAGAGGAAGUUUGAUGUAAUAUAAACACAAUUCAUUUUUUUAAUUUAAAAACACUGUAACAGUAAGUUAAAAUGAACAAGUUUUUAGCAGUACCACGACUUAAACUAGAUAAUGAAUCAAUUGAAACAACUACAUCUGAAAAUCAAAGUCAAGUUGAAAAAAAAAUUGAAAAAUUAUUUGAAUCGUUUUGUUCCAAAGCACAAUGUGAUCCAGAAGCUCCAGUUUUAUACAAACAAAAUCACAUAAAUUAUAUAAAAAGUCAUAUGUUUACUCUACCGGAGAACUAUGAAUGUCUUGACUCCAGCCGUCCUUGGUUAUGCUACUGGUUGUGUCAAUCACUCGCACUCUUAAACUGUAAAUUGUCAGUAGAAGAGAAAUCUAAUGUCGUUUCUUUCUUAUCAAAAUGUCAACAUGAAUCUGGUGGUUUUUGUGGUGGACCGAAUCAAAUGCCACACUUAGCUCCUACAUAUGCUGCUGUCUGUGCAUUAUGUUUAAUUGGUACAGAAGAAGCAUAUGCAGUGAUCAAUCGAGAGAAUUUAUACAAAUUUUUGGUAUCUCUUCGUUUACCUAAUGGUUCAUUCAGAAUGCACAAACAUGGCGAAUGUGAUGUCCGUGCUGUAUAUUGUUCAGCAACUGUAGCACGUUUAACUAACAUAUAUUCUGAUGUUUUGUUUGAAUCAAGUGCUCAAUGGGUGAUCAGAUGUCAGACAUACGAAGGAGGCUUUGGUGGGGUGCCAGGAGUGGAAGCUCACGGGGGAUAUACAUUUUGUGGAUUUUCAUCUUUAUUGUUACUUAAAUCAAUUCAUAUGUGUGACACGAAAUCACUUCUUCGAUGGGUAGCAAAUAAACAAAUGUCAUUUGAAGGUGGUUUCCAAGGGCGAACUAAUAAACUUGUGGAUGGUUGUUAUUCUUUUUGGCAAGCUGCUAUUUUUCCAGUAAUAUCAGAACUUUUAGAAUCUGAAAAUCAACGUCCAAUGUGGUCAAUGUAUGAUUAUCAGGCUCUCCAAGAAUAUGUGCUCAUAUGUUGUCAGAAUAGAUAUAGUGGAGGCCUUAUUGAUAAGCCUGGAAAACCACCUGAUGUAUACCAUACUUGCUACGUUCUUAGUGGCCUAUCGAUAGCUCAACAUGCAGUUGACAACAGUAGUUGUGUUGUUGGUAAACCGGAAAACAUUUUGAACAAAAAUAAUCCUAUUUAUAACAUUGAAGAAACUAGUCUACAGAAAGCUCUACAAUAUUUUAGUAUGACAGAACCAAUAAAUUAUUUUUAAGUAUGAAUAUAGACAAAAGUUUGAUCCUAAUUUAAUCUUGAGGAACUUGUUCUGUGAAGUUCAAACUAAGUCUUGUUAGUGUUAUAUUCUAUUUGUAGAGUACCGAAUCCGAGCAAAUACAGUUUUAAAGUAAAUACUGAAUUCUAAAAAUAUCAAUAUUGUAAUUAAAAAUAUUUUAUAGUGAAUUUAUUUGCUAAAAUUAGCGCUUCCACGGCAAUCAAUGAUUUUAGUUCUUUUUUUUUAAUUUUUUGGAUUUUGUGAAUAUUGUAAUUAAUAAA